AUGUUAAAAAUUUUUUUUUCAUUAUGGACAAUAUCUUGUUCAGAAUGGUUAAAUGUAUUUACAAAUGAUGCUGUUUGGUAUCAUCCGAAUUUUCCUGAUGGUUUACAAUAUAAUCAAUUAUUAGAUUUUUGUCAAAUGAAUCAACUAGUUAAACCAGCAUUAUUUCGUCAAGAUGGUCAAAUACGAGUUACAAUAAGUGGUAAUAAAACAUCAUCAUCAAAUUUCUAUCAUGUUAUGGUUCCUUAUGUUUAUGGACAAAUUCAAAAUGGAAAUAAUAAUUCAUUAUUUAUUAAUAGUGGUUAUGAAUAUAUUCAAUUAGUACUUAAUCGAAAAAAUCAACUUCAUAUUAAUAUGGUUGUUGAAUUCUUUAAUCGAGCUUCAUUACCAUUCGCUUGGCUACCAAACAAUUAA